AUGCCUACUCCUGGAGCAGCAAUAAGGCAACGCUAUAAAGUUGUUGUGCUCGGCGCCCCAGCUGCGGGCAAGACCGCACUCGUACGGCGCCUGGCCGAUGGCUCCUUCGUCGAGGGCGCACGCCAGCGUGGCCUCGACUUCUACACCCGCCACAUCAUGCUGCGCGAGGACGUUACCGUCGCGCUGCAGCUCUGGGACCUGAGCGACUGCCCUUGCCGGCCCGAGGACGACCAUGCGCCACUCUCUGCCUACGUCUUCAACAGCCAGGCCGUGCUCCUGGUGUACGAUGUAUCCUGCCCCUCCUCCCUGGAAGCCCUGCGCUAUGCGCUGUGCGCGGUAGAAGCUGCCAGCACUGCUGGCGGCGGCACUCGGCCCUACCUAGCCCUUGUCGCCAGUAAAUGCGACCUACAG